AUGACAACCAAUCAAAAUAAUGACUCUCUUCCUCCAACUACCAUUUCCAGUCUCAAUCCAUCCCUCUCUUUGAAUACAAGCCUUUCAUCGACGCCCAUUCAACACAAAAAAGCUUUGGCAAAUAUUGAAACUACAACCUCCGAGGAAAGAUCUACCUCUCAAAAACCACAACCUAGGAUACUCUUAGAUGAGAGUGAUGAUAGCUUUUCAUGGAUUCCUCAACAACCCAUCACUUCCACAACGACCUUCUCAAAUCAAUCGACUUUUCUGAAUAGAAAUUCACCCCAUUCUUCUCCUUCCUCCAAGCUCAAUCCUCCAAAACUUUUGGCCUAUCAGAAACAAAAAUCUCAAAACAAUGUCGUGACAUCCUCUUCCACAUAUCAACACACCUCCAUCUUGAAUACAACCUUGUCCAAUGAUAUCAGUGCGAGAAUCAAUGAAAAAGUUGUGGCCAGCAAUUACAAUUCUACAACCAUGACCUCAAAUAACAAUGAGAACACGAAUCACAACACGACCAAACCAAGAUCUCCAACGAGUAAAGAAAAGAGGCGAAAGAUUAAAAGUGCUCCUGCCUCCGUGAAACGCAAUGGUAUCAGCACGGUGGACGGUGAUCGAAAUUCUACGAGAGGAAUUUUUUCUGCUAUUAAGGAACUUCUCACCAUGUGUAAGGGACGAUCCAAUCACAUACAACCCAAUAAUAAUUAUACAAGUAUGAUCGAAGCAAAUGAAACAUUGAAUUUCGCAAAUGAACAAACUCUUCAACAAGACAAACAACAACCACAGAACGAUCAACGAAAUACUAUUCCACAACAACAAGUGCCACCACAUCAUCAACACGGAACGGAGAGCAGCUCGUCAGGAUGUUUCCACAGAACUGAAUCCAAUCAUUCUGGCGAUAGCUCAGUCGUACAAUUGCAAACAUGUGACUUUUCACUGAAUCCGUCAGAAAAGCAACAAACAGAAAAAACAGAAGUAGAAGUGUUUGAUUCUCCCAGCAAAAUCAAUAACAGAAAAGCUAGAUGUGGAGCUCAUGCAUCAAGUUCAGAUUUCAUUCGAUCCUCUGCACAACCAGUGCCUCUGUAUUUCUUUGUGUUAAAUGGUCAGCAACAACAACAACAACAACAACAACAUGGAUCAUCACCCAAGAAAGCACAAGCUGAGAAUUUCAUUUUCGACAUUUCUCCAGCAUCCACGAGUGGUACAAAUGAAAAUUUGGAAUAA